CUGUCAAGAUCAUCCAUGUGAUAGUAAUUCCUUACCAAUUACCCUACCACAACCAUGAAAUUAGUUCUAUCAAUGUUCUUCUUCCUUGCCACCCUGAUAGCAACAUCCCAGGGAAUUUCGCACCAAAUCCACCUUCUUAAACCGCAUUCUGGCGCUUCCGGCCACCACAUUCCGGGCGUUUCCUGUCUCAGUUGGCGUCUGGCCGUGGAAACUAACAACAUCCGUGAAUGGGACUUGGUUCCCCAAGCCUGUGAAAACUAUGUUGGACACUACAUGCUCGGCCACCAAUACCGUAAGGAUUGUAAUGCUGCGGCUUAUGCCGCUUAUCAAUAUGCCAAGAGCCUCAGUCUCCCCAAGGAUGGCAGGAGUAUUUGGAUCUUUGACAUCGAUGAGACUGCACUCUCUAAUCUGCCUUAUUAUGCUCAACCUGAUAAUGCAUUUGGGGCAAAGGAGUAUAACGAGACAUCCUUCGAAGAAUGGCAAAAGAAAGGCAUAGCACCAGCAGUGCCUGCGGUUCUUUAUCUCUACAAAAAAUUAAUAAGUCUUGGGUUUAAGAUUGUGUUUUUAUCAGGAAAGUCUGAAAGUUUGAGAGAAAUUACAAUAAAGAACCUGAAAAAUGUUGGUUACCAGACUUGGGAGAAGCUUAUACUAAAGCAAAGCUCUGAAUCGGGUACCACAGCAGUAGCGUACAAAUCACAGAAUAGAAAGAAGCUCGAAGCUCAAGGAUACAGGAUCCUUGGCAACAUGGGAGAUCAGUGGAGCGAUUUGUUGGGGACACAUGUCGGCAAUCGGACAUUUAAAGUGCCGGAUCCAAUGUACUACAUUAGUUGAACAUUAUUGAACUGUGUUCUUUUGAUUCUCUUUGAUCAAAGGGUUUGGCUUAGGUGUUUUAAAUAAACAGUUGAGAUUUAACGCCUAAUAAUAAUUAAGGAGAAUGUAGGCUUCGGCUAUGUACCCUUCAUAUCAUGCCAAGCUUAUGUGUAACUGUCUGUGAGGAGUUAGUCUUUUUCGUCUUCUAGAUGUCCUUGUUUAUGCUUUAAUUAAGAAUUUGUUUUUAUGGUUGAUCA